CCCAAUAAAGUAUACAAUUAAACUAUGUUUUAUUUUAUGUAAAUUAUACUUCAUUUAAAAAUGUAUUAUAAAGCUUUAAAAAACCUACAAAAGACUUAAAUGAUCCUGUUUUGUUUUGUUUUUAAUGGGACAAAUUCCAAUCCCCUGGUCAUGACAAAGAGAAGAUACAGGCAUGUGAAUUGUUAUGAUUGCAACUAUCUAGUUCUUUCAUCAUCAAAAGAGAAUCUGAUGACAUCAUCAUUCACAGAAGACUGAAAUAAUAAACACAAAAACUGGAGAGCACCAUAGAACCAACAAUAGAUCAUCUGAGUUAUGAUUUUUGAAAGGUCUCAAAAGUUCCUGCUUGAAAACUGUCUGCCCUCUUAAGAUCUCCACAUGUCCUUCCAAAUCAAUGCACCAUAAAUGUUAAGUCUUCAAGGAAGAAACUGUAUAAAAUUCCAAUGUGAUCUUAGGGAAACAAAAGUAAAGGAUGAAACACAAAAGAAAAAAACUUAUGUUGUUAUUGCUUUUAUUGUCUCUAUGGGCCUUGCAAAGAGAGUAUAAAUUCAGCACAAAGAAACUACAGAGGAUAUAUCAGUGUUGGUCUGGGAAUAAUCAACCAGAAUUAAAGCUCUCAGACUGGUUUUCUCCCAGAGCACCCACAAAUGUAACUAACAACUGGCUAGCUCCAGUUGUGUGGCAUGGCACUUACAAAGAAAACGUGUUGGAAAAGUAUUAUGCAAAUCAUAAAAUUACUGUGGGGCUGACUGUGUUUGCUGUGGGAAGAUAUAUUGAUUUCUAUUUGUUCAACUUUAUAGUAUCUGCUAAUAAGUAUUUUAUGGUUGGCCAGAAAGUCAUACUUUAUGUCCUGACAGAUGACUUCUCAAAGGUGCCUUGGAUACAGCUGAGUCCCCUCUGGACAAUCAAAGUUUUUGAAAUCAAGCGAGAGAAGAGAUGGCAAGAUGUUAGUAUGAUGCGCAUGAAGACCAUUAGUGAACAUAUUGUAGAUCACAUUCAGUAUGAAGUUGACUUCCUCUUCUGCAUGGAUGUGGAUCAAGUCUUCACACAGAAAUAUGGGUUGGAGACCCUGGGGGAGUCAGUAGCUCAGUUGCAUUGUUAUUGGUAUAACGCACAUUCUAUAGAGGUACCUUAUGAGAGAAAUCAGUCAUCAGAAGCAUAUAUACCUAUUGGUAAGGGAGACUUUUACUACCAUGCUGCUGUAUUUGGUGGCACUCCCAUUCACGUUCUCAACAUUACCAAGGAGUGCUUCAAAGGAGUCAUGAUUGAUAAGAAAAAUAACAUCGAAGCAGUAUGGCAUGAAGAAAGUCAUUUAAACAAGUAUUUCUUUCUCCAUAAACCCACUAAACUCUUAUCUCCAGAAUAUAACUGGGAUGCUCAUGCAAAACAUACUGGUGAAAUUAGAGCUAAAAAAAUCCUUUGGGCUCCUAAGUAUUAUAACAUUCUUAGAGCAACACAGAAUAUUUAA